AUGCAGCAAGAUUGGCUCACAACCAGAGAAGUGCACGUGGCCACUGAGCGUCGACUGAAGUACCAAGCCUUGGAGCGGCUGAAAAUAGAUAAACUCAAACAGACUUGGAAGGAAGACGGCUGCCGGAGGCUUGAUGCCGAGAACUAUAUCCCGGCCCUGGCCUCCAGCGAAGCCAUCUCUCAAGCAUUAGCCAGAAUUGGGAUGACCCCAGAAUGUUUCAAGAACAAUCGAACAAACCAUUUACCUUCAAUGACAUUCGAUCCUAACCAGAUCAAGGGUCUUCAUGGACGCCAUCGGAUUUACGCGGCCGCUGAUUUUCUGGCUCCAGCCGAUAAGUGGUGGGUCGUGGAUAUCUAUCUGGAUGAUGUUGACGAUGCUCUAAGGGAUCACCUAGUUGAAGAGUACGAUCUUAACCGAGAACAUACAGAUGGGUAUAUCUAUCGCAAAAUCCGUCAAUUUGACGAUGACCAUGCUAUUGGGACAAGGUGGAAGGCCCAUUUAUCAUCAUCUAAUCGCCAACGCUGGGAGCAAAUUAUCAAUAACAACUGGCUUCGAAAAGCCUUCGACGAGCUACUGGAUAUCCCAGGUCUCUGGAUAGACGGGAUGAGGCUGAGUAUGGUACAUAGACUAGUCGCAAUCAGUUGCCCGGAGGAAAUUUGUGCUUACUUGAACCAUGUCCACCGCUUCUGGUCCUCACUGGUUAAUGAUGACACAGACGCAAAGAAAUGUAUCGAUCAGAAAACAAUCAAGAAGCUUGAAUUACUCGCGCCCGGCACAUCUCCCGAUGAUGCUAAGUCCGCACAACAAGUGAUUUUGACUGGUCAAGUAUUUCCCGAUUUCGACGAAGACAGGAGGACAGAAAUAUGGGACCGACUCAAGGGAUUCAAAGGUCUCAUACCUUCACUGCGCACAUUUUUUGAGGAUUUUAAGUACCUGGAAAGUUGUGCCUACUGCCUCAAGCGACUGGUAGGUCCAUCUGAGGUAUCUAUUCAUCAAGCAUUGAAACAAAUAUUCAUUGUGGCUUCGGAUACUACAAACGAUUAUCUUAUUCAAAUUGCCGAGUACGAGUAUCGGAAAGUGCACAUGGUGAGUGCUCAGCAAUUCAAUUUCGCAUACUGCCAGCUCUGGCUGUAUGCUAUGAGACAUUACCCUUUGAUGCCGCCCGAUCCGAAGAAACAGAACCAUCAUUUAGCCAAACCAAAACUUGCUCCAGCCGACCAGCACGCCAUCUAUAACAUGGCUCAGCUUGCCCAUCGUUUGGGUUUCAGAUCGACCGAGGUUAACACAAUAAUUGAUGCCUCCCCGGACCAUCAAAUCGCGCGCACCGCAUUACUUCAAGCUCGGAAACCUGACCGGUAUCGUUACGAUGCUGACACUUUUGAGAGCCUGAUUGAUCGACUUGUGGAAUGUUUUGCGACCGCUAGACCUGCUUGCGAGACAGCAACACAACCUACUUUAAGCAAACCCGUAAAAGCCCAAGCUCGCUGUGGUCUGCCAAAACUGCAAGCCCAGGAACAUGACAAAUCAACUUUAUUCUUGCCAUCCUUUAUUGAUGAGUUCCCUAAGACGAACCAUGUGACUUCUUGGUUUGUCCGCCGCUGUGUCUUCGGUGCCUUUCUCGGAGCAAACCUGACGCCUCUCGAAGAUGGCUUCCAGAAUAUCCUGUCUGGAUUACUAAUCAGCCCAUCACCCCGAACCGCCAACCCAUUAUUUCCGCAGAUCGAGACCCUCAGAAGCGGACCCAGUCUAGAUGGCCUCGAGACAUCGACUCUUCAACAUCAUCGCCUCAGUCUUUCCAAUCGCUGGAUAUCAACCCAGAAGUCGGGAACUCUCAAAUCUCGUAUUACGAACACAAAUUUCGAACGGAAGAUCAAAAUUUCUAUGAGUUCUUGA